ACGCAAAGCCCCAAACCCGAGACUGAAGCUGUAAACAAUAAAACCCAACCCGUCCAUCAUCCAUGCGCUAAACAUGCAUUUGUCCGCUAUGACGGCCGUGUUGUCGGUGCUGCUGUGCCUCUUGUGCGGCCUCAGAUCGGCGCGAGGUUACUAUGGCAACCCCCUGAACAAGUACAUCCGGCACUACGAGGGUCUGUCGUACGACACGGAGCUGCUGCACGACCGGCACCAGAGAGCCAAGAGGGCGCUGUCGCACGAGGAGCGAGUGCUGCACCUGGAGUUCCACGCGCACGGCAGACAUUUCAACCUCCGAAUGAAGCGAGACACCAAGCUGUUUUCAGACGACUUUAAGCUGGAGAUGUCUGGACGGGAGCUGGACUACGACACCUCGCACAUCUACACCGGAGAAAUAUACGGUGAGCACGGCACUCUGACUCACGGCUCGGUCGUGGACGGGAAGUUCGAGGGCUUCAUUCAGACCCAUCGAGGGAUGUUUUACGUGGAGCCGGUCGAGAGAUACCUGGAGGAUAAGAACGUCCCGUUCCACUCCGUCAUCUACCACGAGGACGACAUCAAUUAUCCUCACAAAUACGGGCCGGAAGGCGGCUGCGCGGAUUCGUCCGUGUUCGAGCGAAUGAAGAAAUAUCAGGCGUCUGCGGUGGAGGAACCGGCCAAGGAGGAGAGUUUGGAGAGCGGGUCGGUGGACGAUCACGUCUUACUGAGGAAGAAGAGGAUGACGCAGGUGGAGAAGAACACCUGCCAGCUCUUCAUCCAAACCGAUCACCUCUUCUACAAAUACUACAAGACCAGAGAGGCCGUCAUCGCUCAGAUCUCCAGUCACGUGAAGGCCAUCGAUGCCAUCUAUCAGGGCACAGACUUCAUGGGCAUCCGCAACAUCAGCUUCAUGGUCAAGAGGAUACGGAUAAACACCACCAGUGACGAGCGGGAUCGCUCCAACCCCUUCCGCUUCGCCAAUAUCGGCGUGGAGAAGUUUCUGGAGCUGAACUCGGAGCAGAAUCACGACGAUUACUGUCUGGCGUACGUCUUCACCGACCGAGACUUUGACGACGGCGUGUUGGGUCUGGCGUGGGUCGGCGCUCCGGCCGGGAGUUCUGGUGGAAUCUGUGAGAAGAACAAGUUGUAUUCUGAUGGGAAGAAGAAGUCUCUGAACACCGGGAUCAUCACGGUGCAGAACUACGCCUCGCACGUGCCUCCUAAAGUCUCGCACAUCACCUUCGCGCAUGAGGUCGGACACAACUUCGGUUCACCGCAUGACUCCGGGUCAGAGUGCACUCCAGGCGAGUCCAAGAGCCAGGAUAAGAAGGAGCGAGGGAACUACAUCAUGUAUGCGCGCGCCACAUCCGGAGACAAACUGAACAACAACAAGUUCUCCGUGUGCAGCAUCAAGAACAUCAGCCAGGUGCUGGAGAAGAAGCGCGGGAGCUGUUUCGUGGAGUCCGGUCAGCCCAUCUGCGGGAACGGUCUGGUGGAGCCGGGCGAGGAGUGUGAUUGCGGAUACAGCGAUCAGUGUAAAGACGAGUGCUGCUACGACGCCAAUCAGCCAGACAACAGGAAGUGCAAACUCAAGCCCAACAAAGUCUGCAGUCCGAGUCAGGGUCCUUGCUGCACGGCCGAGUGCUCCUACAAGAGCCGCAACGAGAAGUGCCGCGAGGAGUCGGAGUGCGCUCAUCAGGGCAUGUGUAACGGCGCCUCGGCCCAGUGCCCCACCUCGGAUCCCAAAGCCAACUUCACCGCCUGCCACGGGGACACGCAGGUCUGCCUGAACGGGGGCUGCUCCGGCUCCAUCUGUGAGAAGUACGGGCUGGAGGUCUGCACCUGCGCCAGCGUGGACGGAAAAGACGAGACCGAGCUCUGCCACGUGUGCUGCAUGGAGAAAAUGAACCCCAGCACCUGCAGCAGUACGGGCUCCGAGCGUCUCGCUCACUUCUUCAAUAAGAAGGUCACCACUCUCCAGGCCGGCUCGCCCUGCAACGACUUCAAGGGUUACUGCGACGUCUUCAUGAAGUGUCGUCUGGUGGACGCCGACGGUCCUUUGGCGCGUCUGAAGAAGGCCAUCUUCAACCCGGAGCUGUACGAGAACAUCGCCGAGUGGAUCGUGGCUCACUGGUGGGCCGUUCUGCUGAUGGGCAUCGCUCUCAUCAUGCUGAUGGCCGGAUUCAUUAAGAUCUGCAGCGUUCACACGCCCAGCAGCAACCCCAAACUGCCUCCUCCUAAACCACUGCCAGGUACGCUGAAGAGACGACGAGCUCAACACGCCAGUCAGCAGCAGCAGCAGCAGCACCAUCAGCACCACAACCAGAACCAGCACGCUCAUCCUCACGGCCACCAGAACCAGCGGCCGGCUCCCCGCCAGGCCCAGCGCCAGCCGCAGCCGCAGCGCCACCACCGGCAGCCCCGCGAGAACUACCAGAUGGGUCAGAUGAGACGCUGAGAGCCGCGGCCCGACCCGAGAGCCACCGCCACCCCCCUCCGCACCCUCCUCCGUUUGCUCCAGCGGCGGGCGUUCGGUCCGAGCGUCGCUCCAUCGCCACCACCGCCACUCCCCCCCGUCCGCACCGCCACAGUCCCGCGUGCGGCGUUCACGACUCCGCUGGAGCGUUUUACAGGAAUAAGUCCAGAGUCCAUAAUGCUUCCUCAGACUGGACCGCAGCCCUGCCCUCCACUCCGUCGUCUUUGAUUAUUUCUGAUGGUUUUUAUUUUUUGCCCUCGUGUGCCAAGGUUUACCGGGGUAUUUGUAGAUAGAGCGUCUCCCGUCGUCCUUCAUAAACUCCUCUCCAGACUCGUGGGUUUGAUAUGAAACAUCUUUUUAAGGAUUCGCGCGGAGCUCCGGCUCCGGCUGUCGCCACACACGCGGAAAAGGACUUUUAUUUUGUAAGCGCAGAAACGUUACGCCUUCCCUUUUCCGCAGGCUCGCGGCUGUAUAGAGAAACGAUAUUAGCUGUAUUAUAUGUGAGAACAGAUUAUUUCUUCUACUGUCGAUAAGAGAUUUACAGUUGCAGUUUUGUUGACAACACUCAGGACUCAAAAACGCUAACGAAGGUGGCGGCCCGGCGUCAGUCCGCCGUUUACAUGCUUCAUUCUGUGUGCGUUCGUGUUUGUUUGUAUAUAGCUCCGCACCUCUAUGGCAAGCCCGUUCAACGUUUAACCCGGAAAACUUCUGGAGCGACUGGUGCUCGUUGCUAGGUACUAGUAACUUUUUAAAGGUACUCAUUCUUAUUCAUUGGCUGCUAGUGCUUAUUCUUUAGGUACUUGGUAUUAUUUGUAAAGAUUGACCCAAAUAUAAGACGACCCCCUUUUUCAAGAUGUACCUUUUGGAAAAAGGCUUUUUGAAAACCAACUCAUGGGUUUUAAGAAACACGUUUCGUAAAUCAUUUUCAUAUUUUUCCUAUUUUAAUUUUUGUUAAAAAUUAUGGUAAAAUGUUUUAAUAAAAGUUUAAACUUUUUGAUAUACAGUAAAAAUAACAGGUAGUCCAUUUCAGUUAUAUAAAAAUUAAAUAAAUCUUAUAGUAGCCUACCAAAAUUUUAUUAACAAUAGAAGAGAAAUCGUACUGUAGUCUUCAAAUCUGGGUACUGUCUUACAUGUAUUUGGCGCCACCUGUUGUUGCGGGCGUCAAAAUCUAGACCCUGAAUAUAAGACAACCACAUUUUUUCAGAUGUAUUUCCAAGAAAAAAAACAUUGUCUUGUCAAUAUGGUACUUUACGGUGUUUAUUUCAGUAUAUUCAACAUUUUUUUGCAAAAUUUUGCUAUCUAUGGUGAGCUGUCAUUCAGAUAUUCAGCUAUUCAUUUCUGAUUAGUAUGCUUUCAUUAGAUGCUAGUACAUACUUAGUUAUUUGUUGGGCACUAGUUUUAGGUACUUUAUAUACACUAAUGUCUUUUGUAAUUGUUACUAGUAACUGUUCUUAUCUUAAUGGUGACAGCUUUUUGUUUUUUAAACUCUUAAUAAACUCUUCUUUUGACUAGUCAGAAUGGCCACUUUAGCGCUCAAUUAAAAAUCUUACCGGUAACAUUUGGAAUGAUUAAUGAAUAAGCACUGUUGUCUAAUGAAUCGGUACUAUUAUCUUUUGAAAAGGUACUAAUUGCACUAGUAGCUAAAGAAUAAAUACUAGCAGUAUGAGAGUGGAUGCUAGUAUGUCAUGAGGGUUAAAUGUUAAAGCGGCUUGCCAUACACUCACAUUCACCACACUCCACCAAUGAGGAACGUGUGCAUGAAGAGCAGCGCCAACUUGAGCGUAAUGUGUGUUUAACAGUACGAUCAUGAAGACACCUUGAGAAAGGUACAAUCAUUUCAGAAGCAUCAUGGGAACGGUUCCCAGUGAAGGUUUGGGGAUUCUCACGGUACUAACGGUCGCAUUAACACGUUUAGUUUACAGACUCUGACAGAAACACACCUUCAUCGUCAUCGUCGUGGUCAUGAUGCUGGAGACGGACCAGUCUCAACUGUCCACUUCCUCUCAUGUGAACUCUGUACAGUAACUGGAGGAUUUCUGUUCGAUUUGACGCUACGUUUUGAUACUGUUCUUUUGAUUUAGCGUUUGCGAGUCCAGGCCGACCGUGCACGGACUCUUCUUCACCGUACUGCCAUCUGUGAGGAAGACACCCGGUUCGGCGGUUUUGCGGCGGUCUGGGCCGAAGGAGAUCUGAAUAUUUGCCUGUAUUUGACUUUUUUUCAUUUUUACGUAGUCUUGGUGAAACUUCAUAGAGGAAAAGUGCACUGAAAAAACGUCUUAAUCGAGUCCAGAUGUCGUAGGUGAAAAUAGGCCGAACACUAAAAUUGAGAAACGAAUGAAAAACCAGAACAAAACAAAUGGGAAAAAAAAAGGUUAAUACUGCUGUCUGUUAAUGUUCACUGUGUUUUAUACAGUACCUAAAUUUUUGUUCACUUUGAACAUUUUUACGUAACAUUUCAGAACGUAUUGUGCAAAGAGAUGUAAUUUUUUUGGAGUACUUGAACUGCAUUAAUAAAAAGACUGGGUUGAA